GCCGAAUUAAAGACAGAUCUCUCUUUUGUUUAUAAUCUAUUUUGAUUUACAUGUUAUCUUUAAAAAAAACUCAAAAUUUGAAAAUUUGAAAUUUUCUAAAUGGAGUUUGGUUGUUGUCAGGACUGCGCAUGCUCUGAAUCAAUCCGGAAGUUUUGAAUGUGGAAGUUGUGAUUUCGGAGUUCGGACCCGUCCCUGUCAGAUAAAUCCUUCGGUUCUGCUCAGCGGGUCGGUCCAAAGGACGUGUACCGGGUUAAAGCUCCAGGUUCGGGUCCACAGAGUGGUCCGAACCGGUUUAUUAAGAACCUUGUUUCGCAACGCAGCCUGCCAGGAACCUGCUGCUCCAGACCGGUCCAGACCAGGCCCACAGAACCCAUGUCCGGCUUCGAUCUGGUCCCGGUGGACGGAAGGGAUCCGAUCCACCUGCCGCCGGGGGAGACGAUCUUAGGCCGGGGUCCCCUACUGGACAUCAGUGACACCAGGGUGUCCAGGCACCACGGGCUGCUGGAGAACCUGCAGGGACAGCUGAGACUCAAACCGACCCACGUGAACCCGUGUUUCAUCCAGUCGUUCCCGAGCCAAGACCCCAGACCCCUGGAGAAGGACUCCUGGUUCCUGCUCCACCCUGGAGACCUGGUCUCUCUGCUGCCGGGUCGGUUCAUCUACAGGGUGGAGGCUGUGGGCGGGGCCACGCAGACCCCCAGAAACAGUCAGAACUUCCAGGAAGAAGGAGAAGAUGGACUUCCUGUUUCUGCUGAGCCAGAUGUUGGACCGGAGCAGAAACAGACGUCCCCUCCAUCAGCAGCUCACAGC